GCGACCCUGCGGCAGACGUCGGGGAAGCUCAGCGACUUCCUGGUGGUUUUGGCUACUUCCUGCAUUGCCGCCUCCAUCCUUUUCGCCUAUCAGGUGGUCUCCCUGAACCAAUCCGCCUCCGGCUUCGCUUUUCUGGACAUCCUCCUCUGGACAGGGUGGCUCUACCCACCGGUGCUCCUCUUCCUCUACACCCUCUCCAGUGCGGCUGCCGUCACCGGCAAGGUGGAUCGACUCGCGCCCUUGGUGAACUCCUGGGCCUUCGACGACACGGAGGUGCUGGACGACGCGCGGCGGUACGUCGUCCAGUGGCCCGGGUGCGGAGAGCGGUUCUAG